CAACAACAACAAGAACAACAAUGGCCGACCACCACGACGACGAUCUUGCCACCAGCAAGACCCAGGGCUUCAAGGUCGGAGAGAAGAAGUCUCUCCAGGAGUACCAGGAGCUCGACAAGGAUGACGAGGCCAUGAACCGCUGGAAGGCUUCCCUGGGCCUGAACACCGGCGACCCCAUCGGCCAGCCCAGCGACCCCAAGUGUGUCAUCAAGUCGCUCGCCCUGGUCUCCCCGGGCCGCGAGAACGUCGUGAUCGAUCUGUCCACCCCUCAGUCUCUCUCGACUCUGAAGGACAAGCCCUUCACUAUUAAGGAGGGUGCCAAGUUCCACAUCAAGGUUGUCUUCCAGGUCAAUCACGAUGUCUUGAGCGGUCUCAAGUACGUGCAGGCUGUCAAGCGCAAGGGUAUCCGUGUGAGCAAGGAUGAGGAGAUGCUGGGCAGCUUCGCCCCCAGCACCACCGACAAGCCUGUGUAUGAGAAGGAAUUCAACGAGGAGGAGGCUCCUUCGGGCAUGCUCGCUCGCGGCCACUACAACGCCGCCUCUCGCUUCGUUGAUGAUGAUGACCACACUCACCUCCAGUUUGAUUGGUCCUUUGACAUCGCCAAGGACUGGUAA